AAAUAAUCAUCUAGAAAAAAAUGGUUAUAUCCAAGAAAACAAUUGUGCAGUCACUCGCUUUUAUGAUUAUUAUAUCUAUCGUCAUGAGCACAACCGAAGCAAAAAGCAUAGGCGUUCCUGCUAUGCGAGAAGAUUUACCCAAAGGUUGUGGUCCUGGGUCUCCACCAGGUUGCAAGAUGCAACCGGCUAAUCCGUAUAAACCAGGUUGUGAAGCUAGCCAAAGAUGCCGUGGUGGUUGAUACUACGAGAUAUAAAAUUUUCUUAAAAAUAAAAAAUAAUAAUACAUAAAUAAGAGUUAAUUUCCAACUAAUUUCGUAAAACUAUAAAAUACAAAAAAUUUUGUAACUAUUUCUAUGAGAAUAAACUUUUUUUAAGUAGUAGCUAGCUGAUACUGGUGUAUGGCAAAGCUAAUAUCGUCUAACUUAGCACAAAAUAAUUGUUAUACUUAUACCAGUCAUUUGUUAUUAUAAUUUUUUAUAUAUAUAGUUUUGGUUUUUUAAUAUAUAAUGUACUUAUAAUUUAUAAUAGAGGUAAAAAUGUUUAACGCUA